UACCCUUUCCCUAGGAAAAGGCAGCAGUAAAUAUUGACUGCAGGAUCAAUUGUCUCUGUUGAAGCCGCAGUCUGCUUCAGUCGGAGUGAGCAAGCCAGGUCACACUGGAUAAAGAGCUGCUUUCAGGACGACUGGUCACCCCCAAACACAUAGACACAAUCUGCUGGGAUCGGAACUGAAAUUAUCCUUCCCAGAAUGGAGAAGAUGGUGAUGAAGGUGUUGAUUAUGUCUGUCCUUGGAACGAACUACUGGUUCCACUAUUGUGCAGGUUUUCCCGUGUAUGACUAUGACCCGUCUUCCUUGAGGGAAGCUGUCAGCGCCUCCGUGGCAAAAGUGAAUUCCCAGUCGCUGAGCCCCUAUCUCUUUCGGGCGUUCAGAAGCUCAGUUAGAAGAGUCAACAUCCUGGAUGAGGACAGCUUGACCAUGGACAUAGAGCUCCGCAUCCGAGAGACGACGUGCAGGAGGGGCUCUGGGGAAGAUCCCGCCACCUGUGACUUCCAGAGGGGCUACUACGUGCCAGCAGUUGUUUGCAGAAGCACCGUGUGGGUGUCUGCUGAGCAGGUGCAGGAUGUGUGGGUUCGCUGCCACUGGUCCUCCAGCUCCUCCGAGUCUAACAGCAGUGAAGAGAUGGUUUUGGGAGAUAUCUUGGGAUCCUCUACAUCAAGAAACAGUUAUCUGCUUGGGAUCAUGAGAAGGGGCUUUCCUCCUGGAAAUAGAAGGGGCCUGAACCUGUGGCCCAGAGCAAGAAUAAACACUGGCUUUGAGUGACAGCCUUGAGGUAAGGGGACACAGCUAAAAACACGUGUAUUUAGAGAUGGAAGCUACCAGCGGGGGGUUGGAGGGUGGGGAUGUCUUAAAGCUGCUGUUUCCACACCUGCAACGUCUGUAGUCUGCUCUUCAGCUCCUGUCUGGCCUCCCACCUUUUCUUCUCUCCUCCCAAAUACCGAUCCUCGACUGUCUCUUCAUUCUUGCACCCUCAAUCUUUUUCCCAUGGCUUUUAUAUGUGCUGUUGUUGAUGUGAUCAAAUUUCUCUAAGAACAAAAAACAAACCACAAACAGAACAGCCCCCUUUCUCUGACCCAGUCUCCCCAUCUCAACAGCUGCCUUCCCUCCCUACUCCCUUCUCUGCUAAGCAUCUUGACAAAAUUGUGGUCCGUGACUGCCGCCCCUACCUCCCCACCUCCCAUUCACUUUUCUGCUUUUUGCAAACUGGAUAGUGAUCUUUCAGAUCUCUAGCAUCUAACCUGCCUUCCUUUUCUUGAUCAGUCAUUUCAAUCCUGGUGACCAUUUGUCUGGUCUCCUUUGCCCAGUCCUUUCCUUCUUCUAUAGAUUACUGCCGUCUAUUCCACUUGCCUGACUUGAUCACUGAUGUACAGUUGCUUCCAAACACACAUCGCUCACCUUACUCUAUCCCGAGAUCCAGGCUCUUACAUCACCUGCCCACUGGAUGCAGUUGCAGAGAGCAUCCCUGGGCUCCUGAAGGUCAUCUAGCCUCCUCUUCAGCUCCCUGUCUUAAUAGAAGGCAUCAGCAUCCACUGAAUUUUCUCCAGCUCAAAAUUUUAGAAUAUCAUUGGGUCUUUUUAAAAAUUUUUGCUGAAGUAUAGUUGA